AUGAUGCAGAAGUUUCAUUCAAGCGGCUGCUUCAAAGGCACAUUCACAAUGUCGGUCGUUCACGAUUCGUUGAACCAGUGCUUGCUCAAAGACACUUGGGAUCUGUACAGGAUGUACAAAGACAGCGAAGAUGUUGUGAUCCUCGCAGACAAUGUACGGACAUUCGAAGGAGGGCGUCAUUACCGGGAAGCAGCGAUUUCUGCUUUCGUUGCCCGUCAGAUCGCAUCGGCGGUAAAUCCGGAAAUUCGAGAAAUUUCGCAUUUCAGCCACCCGAAUACAUAUCAGUGGUAUGACAGGUUGAUGGGUCUAUGCCCAGACCUUUUUGCUUCUCGCGUCCAAUCCAGCCAAGCUGGGGCUUCUUCCAUCGAUGAGACUUCUUCAGUAGUUGCGAAUGCUGAAGAUUCCGGAACCAGUACUCCACUUCCAACAGACACUUUCACGAACGGAACUACGACCGCUGAACAUUCCAAUGUGCACUGGGAGUCCAGUCAAUCGGCGGAAGGGGACAGAAUGGGCACGGCCAACGAAACCUACGGUACCCCGAACGAUUAUACUUCAGAUAUAGAUGAGACCAUUGGCGCCCUAGAGCUUAAUACAUCGUCUGAUUGGUAUCAGCCCCCAGCAACGAACGAAACCCCCAAUUGUGGAAGACGGCGAAGAGCCCAUCGUGCAUUUUACGGAUCUGUUCCGGUACACAACCCCUCGCGAAUUGGAAUCGACGAGAACGAGACGCAUCAGAUCAUAAACCGUGGGAUUGUUAUCACCGAGGGGGGUUCCCAUUUCCUAUAA